UGGCUUACGCCCCUUGCUAUGAAACAAUCUCAAACUAAAACUGUCAUUUCCAUUUUCGGUUUCUUCUCUAGUUUGUUCAUCCUUUUUGGUUUUGGCUUUUGAAUUCCCUCUAGAUUCUAAAUUAAUCUCAGCAACCAUGUUUAAGGCCAAGGCCAAUGGCAUCACCAAGGAAGUCAUUCGCUUGGAGCGUGAAUCCGUUAUUCCAACUCUCAAGGCAAAGAUCAUCAUGACUCUCUCCAACCUCAUUCAACAAAGUUCAGAUCGGGCUGAGUUUGUAAAGUUCUGCAAGCGAGUCGAGUACACAAUCCGAGCUUGGUAUCUUCUUCAGUUUGAGGAUUUGAUGCAAUUAUUCUCCCUCUUUGACCCUGUAUAUGGAGCUCAAAAAUUGCAGCAGCAGAAUUUAACUCCCGCCGAAAUUGAUAUACUUGAGCAGAAUUUCUUAACAUAUUUAUUUCAGGUUAUGGAUAAGAGUAAUUUUAAGAUAGUCUCAAACGAGGAGAUUGACGUUGCAACUGCAGGGCAAUAUCUUCUUAAUCUCCCCAUAACAGUUGAUGAAUCAAAGAUUGACAAAUCACUUCUAAGGAAAUACUUUGCUGAUCAUCCCCAAGAUAACCUUCCAGAUUUUGCUGAUAAGUACGUUAUAUUCAGACGUGGGAUCGGAAUUGAUCGAACAACUAAUUUCUUUUACCUGGAGAAGGUAGACCUUAUCAUUGCAUGUCUUUGGGCACGUCUUAUGAAGCAAAGCAGGUUGGACAAGAUUUUCGGCAAAUCAUUAGGAAGGGCGCAUAAGAAAGUGCCAACGAAGGAUGAGGACAUUAGUGAAGAACUAUAUGUUGAGCGUAUCCGUCUCGAAAAAAUGGAACUAAGCUUGCAGAACUUGGUUACCAAGACGACAAUUCAAGAACCUACUUUUGAGAGGAUAAUUGUUGUUUACAGGAAAUCGAGUGGAGGACCAGAAAAGGAUCGAGGAAUACAUGUAAAACAUUUCAAAAAUAUUCCUAUGGCAGAUCUUGAAAUAGUCCUUCCUGAAAAGAAAAACCCUGGAUUAACUCCUAUGGAUUGGGUCACAUUCAUUGCCUCCGCUGUUGUGGGACUGGUUGCAGUGAUUACUUCCCUUGAAAUGCCUAAAGCUGAUCUUUGGGUCAUUUUUGCCAUUUUGUCAACAGUGGUUGGUUACUGUGCUAAGACUUAUUUAACGUUUGAAGCAAACAUGGCUGCAUAUCAGAGUCUAAUAACACAAUCCAUGUACGAAAAGCAACUCGACAGCGGAAGGGGCACUUUGCUUCACUUGUGUGAUGAUGUGAUUCAACAGGAAGUGAAAGAGGUAAUCAUUGCAUUCUUUAUACUAAUGGAGCAAGGUAAAGCCACCUCCAAGGAAUUGGACCAACGGUGCGAGGAUCUACUUCAAGAGGAGUUCGGGGAGAGCUGCAACUUUGAUGUGGAUGAUGCACUUGCAAAGCUAGAGAAGUUGAAAGUUGUUAAUAAGGAUACUACAGGGAAAUACGCCUGUGUGGGAUUGGCACGAGCUAAUGAGAUAAUUGGUGUGACCACUGAAGAAGUAGUGCUCAAGGCAAAAGAGGGUACCCUCGCAUCUUGAUUCAUGCUAGCUUUCUGCCUUGAUGGAAGGGCAUGUGAGUUGCAUUGGUUGCGACCGGUUUUUCGAGCUGAAUACGAAGUAAUUAACAG